UGGUGAUUGAGGACAGUUGUCUAUUGCGGCUACACUUUCAGAAAGGGGCAGAAAAAGACAAAGUGGACAAAGUACAGGCAAAUUCCAGCUGUCCACUACGCAGCCGUUUUCGGAAGCAGGCGCGCUUCAUGUAAAUGAAGCGCGAGGGCGCGCUGCGCGGGAUCGCGCUUCUCUGACACGGAGCUUCUUUCCCAAGGCUGGCAGAGCGUCAUGACAGCUGAAAAGAGCAUCCCGGUAAUCAAUGGGAAGGCAGAAGAUGACAUGGAUCCCGAGGCGCUCGGCGCGACUUCUCUGCGCAGCAACGACAAGAAAGUGAAUGAGAGGGGCCAGUGGAACAACAAGGUGGAGUUUGUCUUAUCCGUGGCUGGCGAGAUCAUCGGUCUGGGCAACGUCUGGAGGUUCCCGUACCUGUGCUACAAGAACGGCGGGGGUGCUUUCCUCAUUCCCUAUGUCAUAUUCUUUAUUUGCUGUGGAAUUCCUGUAUUUUUCCUGGAGACGGCUUUGGGACAGUUCACCAGUGAGGGUGGCAUUACAUGCUGGAGAAAAGUAUGCCCACUCUUUGAAGGAAUUGGAUAUGCUACACAAGUCAUUGAGGCGCAUCUAAAUGUUUAUUAUGUGAUCAUUCUGGCUUGGGCAAUCUUUUACCUUUUCAAUUGCUUCACAAAGGAACUGCCUUGGGCAACAUGUGGUCAUGAAUGGAAUACAGAAAACUGUCAAGAAUUUGACAAAGUGAAUGCCAGCAACUGCAGUUUUGCUAAUGCAACCUCUCCAGUGAUUGAAUUCUGGGAGCGCAGAGUACUUGGCAUCUCCAGUGGAAUUGAGCACAUUGGAAACUUACGAUGGGAGCUGGCACUCUGCCUCCUCUUGGCUUGGACAGUGUGCUAUUUUUGCAUCUGGAAGGGCACACGGUCUACGGGAAAGGUAGUGUACGUGACAGCCACAUUUCCUUAUGUGAUGCUGGUGAUCUUGUUGAUUCGAGGAGUGACCUUGCCUGGUGCAGCAGAAGGAAUAAAAUUCUACUUAUAUCCAGAUAUUUCUCGACUCUCAGACCCUCAGGUGUGGGUGGAUGCAGGCACACAGAUCUUCUUCUCUUAUGCCAUUUGCCUUGGCUGUCUCACGGCUUUGGGCAGUUACAACAGUUAUAACAACAACUGCUACAGGGACUGCAUCGUGCUGUGCUGUCUGAACAGUGGCACCAGCUUUGUGGCUGGUUUUGCCAUUUUCUCCGUCUUAGGUUUUAUGGCAUCUGAGCAAAAUGUUCCCAUUGCAGCUGUGGCUGAGUCAGGUCCUGGUCUAGCAUUCAUUGCCUACCCCAAAGCAGUGACCAUGAUGCCACUGCCACCUGUUUGGGCAGCUCUUUUUUUCAUGAUGCUGAUCUUCCUUGGGCUGGACAGUCAGUUUGUUUGUGUUGAGAGUUUGGUCACAGCAGUGGUGGACAUGUAUCCCAAAAUUUUCCGAAGAGGUUACAGAAGAGAGCUACUCAUCCUGGCUUUGUCCAUCUUCUCAUAUCUUCUGGGACUAAUCAUGCUAACUGAGGGUGGGAUGUAUGUCUUUCAGUUGUUUGACGCCUAUGCCUCAAGUGGAAUGUGUCUGCUGUUUGUUGCAGUUUUUGAAUCAAUUUGCAUAGGAUGGGUUUAUGGUAGUGAUAAAUUCUAUGACAACAUUGAAGACAUGAUUGGCUAUCGGCCCAUCCCCUUGAUCAAGUGGUGCUGGAUGUUCCUGACACCAGGGAUCUGUGCCAGCAUCUUCCUCUUCUUCUUGAUAAAAUACAAGCCACUGAAAUACAAUAACGUCUAUGUCUACCCAGACUGGGGUUAUGGCAUUGGCUGGAUGAUGGCGCUGUCCUCCAUGAUUUGCAUCCCUCUUGGACUAGUAGUUCAAAUUUGGCGAACAGAAGGGACCUUUUCUGAGAGGUUGAAAAAGCUGACCACCCCAUGUGCCGAGCUGAAGAUGAGGGGCAAGCUGAGUCGCAGCACAUGUCUCUACUCCGUCAACGAUUGUGAUACCAAAAUGAAGGGCGAUGGAACAAUUGCAACUAUCACAGAAAAAGAAACCCACUUUUAGGAAAUGUCUGUAGAAACAUUUUGCACAAACUUUAUUAACCCUUUCAUUCUGCUAGAAGAUUUAAAAAAUGACAUCUAACUGUGUAGCAAAAAGUGCAUCCGUGCCGUUUGCAUUGUUUAGCAAUCUCAAAGUGCCCAACUGUGCCAAGCCGUACCAGCUGAGUGUUCAACUUCAGGAUGGCAGCUCUUCUCAGUUCUUGUCCCCAUGGCUCGCUGGUCGAGCUCCCAUACUGCAGUUAGGUGAAGGCACACCAAUUCAUGUCCAGAGCAAAUCUGUUUAUUGCUGCCUCAUGAGGGCAACAGGACACACACCUCAGCUCUGGUCCCACUUAGUCACAGCUGAGCUAGUAGACUAGACCCCAUUAAGUGGUUAUACAGAGAAGAGGCCACCAGGGGGCAUCAUUGAACCAUAUUUUAACUGUUAUGCUUCUAGUAGACCCUACAGACAGUAGGAACUUGCAGUUUUUGUAUGGACAUGUCAUCUGGAGGACUUAUGGCAUUUUUUAGCUCAUAAUUUGAGAAUUUAUUAACUCAUUUAACACUUGUACUUUUCUAAAAAAAAAAAAAAAAAAAAAAAGGAAUAGUUUUUCUUAGUAUUUGUGUACAAUUCGUAUGAGGUAAAAAUUGUGAAAAAUCCUAUUUCUGCAAAAUCUUUUGAUAUGUAGUAGAAGACUGGUCUGUUUCUCAAAUUGUAUUACUAUUUGCAGGCCACAUACUUUUAAAAAUAAAAUUGGUAAAAGAAAUUACAA